GUCGUGGCGGCGGCAGCCUCACAUCGAGGCAUUGGCUAUCAAGGUUCCCUGCCUUGGCGAUUACCGGGAGACCUCCGUCACUUCCAGGCCGUCACGACGCAACCUCCGGAAACGGGAGGCACCAACGCCGUCAUUAUGGGUCGCAAAACGUGGGACAGCAUUCCGGACCGUUUCCGCCCGCUGCCGGGACGCAUCAACGUCGUGUUGACGCGUCACCCCGAACGUACCCUGUGGCCCGACGGUGUCCUCACAGCCACGUCGCUCGCCGAUGCUGCCGCACUGCUCGCGCAACCCACACGAGCCGUCGGACACGUGUUCGUCAUCGGUGGCGGACAAGUCUACGAGCAGGCUUUGCGAGAGAAAUUCGUCAAUCGCGUCGUUUACACUGAAGUCGCCAACCUGCCCGCCGACUCCAAAUUUGACGCCUUUUUCCCUCCAUUGCCCGACGCGGAAUGGCAAGCGCAACCCUGGCAGACUUCUACCACCGCGACCAACAAGGAAAACGGUAACGCUCCCGAGACCGGAGCGUGGCACACGGACGGGCCUUCGGGGAUCACCUACCGCUUUCUCGAAUACACCCGCAAGGUUGCUUCCGUAACCGUACAGCCACCCACCGACGGUAAUGCGGAAGAACGACAGUAUCUUGAUCUCUGUCGACACAUUUUGGAUCACGGCGUGCGUCGUGGAGAUCGCACCGGCACCGGCACCCUUAGUCAGUUCGGGACACAAAUGCGCUUUUCCCUACGGGACGGGACUCUCCCCCUCCUCACUACCAAACGUGUCUUCUGGAGAGGCGUCGCUGAAGAACUCCUCUGGUUCGUUGCGGGCAAUACCAACGCCAACGAUUUGGCCGCCAAAGAUAUUCGCAUUUGGGACGGGAACGGUUCACGUGACUUUCUCGACAGUCGGGGAUUGGGGCAUCGAGAAGUGGGCGAUUUGGGACCCGUCUACGGCUUCCAGUGGCGCCAUUUCGGUGCCACCUACGGGACCAUGCACGACGAUUAUACCGGAAAGGGCGUGGAUCAGUUGGCCGAAUGCAUCGACAAGAUCAAGAACAAUCCCGAAGACCGACGUAUUAUCUUGUCGGCCUGGAAUCCUGCUGAUCUCGAACUCAUGGCGCUCCCGCCCUGCCACAUGUUUUGUCAAUUUUACGUACGUACGGCGAGUUUGUCCUGUCAAAUGUACCAACGCAGUGCCGACAUGGGUCUCGGGGUGCCGUUCAACAUUGCGUCGUACGCUUUACUCACGCACAUGAUAGCCCAUGUGACGGGACGCAAGCCUGGCGAUUUCGUUCACACCAUUGGCGACGCGCACGUUUACCUCAAUCACGUGGAUGCGUUGCAAACACAGUUGGAGCGCACCCCCCGGGCCUUUCCCAAACUACAAAUCAACCCGGAUAAGCAAAACAUUGACGAUUUCGUCUUUGCAGACUUUACCGUCGUUGGGUACCAACCGCACAAAACUAUCAAAAUGGAAAUGGCGGUGUAA